GUUACAUGUUCUCGUUGUUUUAUAUCAAUUUUUAGCAGAUCGUUCAGGUGUUUCUUUGUAUUUUCGCUUUUUUCCAGUUGAAUUUCCUUCAGAAUUCAUCAACUCUCUUUUUCUAUACCUCGCAGUUCGUAAAGUAUUUCCUACAUCAUUUCCAAGGCCUGGGGAAGUUGUGCGUCUCGAUAGAGCUGUUACGAAAAUUUUGGAUAUUAUAUCUUGGACUUCUUCUACUUGUCGUUUAGUCA